AAUCGGCUCGUUCAGCAGCAGAAGAAAAUCGUCUCCAUCGUCGAAGCGCUUCGAAAACAUCGGUGGUGAAUUGCGAGCCUCAAGGGCCUUGUGUUACUAUAGCAUUCAUAAGAAUGAAAGUAGUUCGAUGAGGCAGUCUGCUUCGUGAGUAUGUCGUGAACGAAAGUCCUCAAUGGUUUGUCACUCAUAGCUGGGAAACUCAGAAGAUUUUCAAUCUAGUUGCAGUGUUAUGUACCAUGGAGUUGUGCUUUAUAACACUGUGAAAUCAUCUAGUUCUUCGUUGGUUUCCGAUUGUUCAGCCUUCAUAAAUUGAAAUGUGGUGCCGUGACAGAGGCGUGUCUAGGGUGGCUACCCUGUAAAUUUGAGUCAACGUGAUCAUUUCGUCCGUCUCAUAGCCACUUCUACGCGAAAUGUUAAGAGGUGGCCGAAUUUUUCGUAAAAAAUUGACUCUCAUUUUGUUAGCCGUCUUUUGUGUCCCCUUCACCGUCAUUCUUCUGCAUCGAGACGACAAUGAAGCUCGUUUGGAGGAUGAGCUUACCUCGGAAAUUGCUCAACUUAUUCGGCAACGUGUCGCGCAGGUCGAAAUGAUCAACCAGCCCCGGCGCAGGGAUUUGGCUCUAUUGACUCAAUACGUCAAUCGAUCUCUACCAUGGAAUAAUACUAAUGGGGACGAAUUCCCCGAGCACUCACGUCUGCUGUUGGAUCCGGAACGCAGCCAAAAUUUGCGUCUCCCAAACAUUUUUUCAUUUUUGCCUUACCUUCUUAACAACCCGCUCAGCACUGUGCCAGCUUUUGUUGCCGGUCAGGGCAAGAUUAAUGCGUCGAUUGUGCUCGGUGUCCCGACGGUUAAACGCGAAUCACAGUCGUACUUACUACCGACGUUGGCUAGUUUGAUUGCAUCCAUGAACGAAGAAGAGAAGAAUGAUACUCUGAUCAUCGUUUUUAUAGCAGAGACGGACAUUGAGUACGUCACGGUGAUAGCAGAGAAGAUUAAGAAGCAGUUUGGAGAUGCACUGCAGAGUGGACUUUUAGAAAUCAUAUCGCCGCCAUCUUCCUUCUAUCCAGAUUUGAACGAGCUGCGGGUCACGUUAAAUGAUCCUGUUGAGCGGGUCAAAUGGCGGACGAAGCAAAAUCUCGAUUACGCUUUCUUAAUGAUGUAUGCGCAAUCGCGGGGGAUGUAUUAUGUCCAGUUAGAAGACGAUAUACUCACAACAUCCGGCUAUGUUACUAAAAUGAAAAAUUUUGCCCUUAAAAAAGAGGCCAUGAACCUCGACUGGUUCCUUUUGGACUUUUGCCAAUUGGGAUUCAUUGGGAAAAUGUUCAAGAGCACGGAUUUAGCCUACAUUAUCCAGUUUGCCAUAAUGUUCCAUAACGACAAGCCUGUUGAUUGGCUACUGGAUCCUAUCAUUGAAACCCGAUACUGUCCUCACGAUACGAAGAAAUGCAAUCAGAUCAAGCUCCUAAAGUGGAUACACUUUAAACCGUCGCUAUUUCAACAUGUGGGCACAACUUCAUCACUCAAGGGCAAAGUGCAAAAACUUAAGGAUAAGAAUUUCGGCAAAUUGGCACUGUUCACGCCGCACAAAAAUCCACCGGCCAAAGUGACCUCGCCCAUCAAAGCGUACGAGCAAUUUACAAUCCAACGAGCUUAUCAAGGCGAUUCUUUUUUUUGGGGUCUCAUGCCUCAAGCUGGCGACGAUAUUGUCUUCGAAUUUCACACACCAGUUGCGCUUCAUGGAUACCGCCUGCGAAGUGGCAACCAUGAGAACCCGUCGGAUUUGUUGUACAACACGACGGUUGAAAUACGGCCGGUCGAUUUUGAACGAGUAAAAGAAUCCCUAAAAAUAUCAUCCAGUGAAAAAUUUAUUGGCGUCGGCGAGUUCAACGACCUCGGUAUAGCAGAGGGUAAGAUCGACGCCAGUCUGUUCGGACCAAUCGGUGCUGUUCGUCUGGUUAUUAAGAGUGCCAGUAAAAAUUGGGUCAUCAUUUCCGAGAUUAUGUUUGACACUGGAGGUGGGUAGUAGAUGGUGGAAGGAUAGGAUAAAACAACGAUAAAAGUAAAUACCAAAACCUUUCAGUGCCAUUCUCCAACAAUGAGCCAAAAUCAGCUGAACGAGAAAAAUGAAACAAACCUUUUAGAGCCCACGUUUGAAAAUGGAUGUGAGAGUUAAGAAUUUAUCUCUUUUUUUUUUGUCUUUCUGGUUUUGCUGAAUACUAUUUACAUGAAAUAACUUCACAUGGCCGACAAUCCUAUACUGUACUUAUAAGAAACGAAUAUGUUCUUUUUUGCUUGCGCCAUCAGUAAAUGUCAUCCCGUGAGGAGGGACAAAUUGGUCACUCGUGUUAAUAAGACGUGAUUGGUGACAGAAUCAUUAAUACGCGGUCGACUCAUGUGAUUUCCAUGUACUGUAUGUAAAAUUUAAAACCAGGCGUACGCUAAUUAAUUUUUAUGUACAUUAUUUGUUGCUCUUGUAAUUUGUUGUUUGUUGUACGGUGCUAUUGGUUCUGAUGUUGGUCUGAAAAUAGUAACUCGUCUGUAAUGUACAAUAAACACGAGUGUUUUUUGUUUUUUUGAA